AUAUGUAGUCCAAGACCAAUAAUUAUAAGCAUGAAUAACAAAUAUAUGGACAAAAAAGGUUGAAGAAAAAAUAACGAUAAAGUGGAAUAUCAAUUGUUCAGUGUCGCCUUUUCAGGAUUACACUCAUUGGCAAGGAAAAUAUGCCUUAGAGCCUUGAUGCGACACUGAAGCGCCCGCAAAGCGAGGCGAAGCGCUCAACAUGUUUGGAGCCUCGCUUUAGGGCUUAAGCGCGCCUUUGACAACACUAGAAACAUAGGCUGAUCCCGGCUUUAAGCUCUAUGAGUUCAAUCUUUCAGGUUCUUAGCAUUGACCCAUUAUAUUUUUAAUGUUAUGGGUUUGAGAUUUUUCAAAAAGUUAAAUCUUCUAGCUAUUAAUGUUAGUGUUGUUCUUGUUUCUUGGGUUUUAAUGGGCUAUAAAUUAGCAUUAAUGCUUCUUUUUGAGUAAUAUUUUGCAUGCAGAGUGCUUUUUGUCCAUACUUGUAUUAUGUAAGUUGUGCAUGCUGAUUGAAAGAAGCAACUUAAACUAUUCAUCAGUGGAUUUCUUUUUUUAAUUGACAACUAUUAUGGAGUUAUUGAUUGCAAGUUGCAGCAGUACAUUUCUAGUCUAGUCAACAUUGUUCUAUUCUUCACAGUACGUCGAAUGGAAUUUGAAGAGGACAGGAAAUGAGGGGUUCUAUUGCUGCAGCAUAUGUCUGAAAAUGGACAUGUUAUGUGGAAAAAAAGAGCACUAUUUUCUUUGUUGGAUUAGAUUUUGAAGGAAAGUUAACCGCGCUAUUAGUUGUGUACAUUAUGAAGUUCCUGUUUGGCAUGGUUGUUUAAUUUGGCAUUAUUUGUAUCUGGUGUUUGCAAUUGUUUUAUUCAUUAUUGUGCAGCGAGUUAUUAGGCCACAAGGAGAUAUUAACAAGCUACUUCAAUGGUUACCUGUUUCUCUCCACAAAAAGUUAGAAAAUGUCAGAAAGUUGAUUUCUAAAGAUUCACUACCGACUCAAAUUGCAGGUAGUGGACAGAGAUUGAUGCCUCUUCCUGCUGAAAGACAGGUUGUUUCAGAUAUCCCAGAAGCUGAUGCAAAACAUAUUGCAACACUGGCCUGUGAAGCAUUUGCCAAGGAUGGUCCAUCAUUAGUAGUUGCAUCAGGUCGUGAUACUAUCUCCAUUUCAAGCUCAAUAAAACAGUUAGCUCCAGAACAUGUUUUCGCUGUCCAGAUUCAACAUCCCAGAUCACGUCUAAAUAGGUUUGACCUAGUGAUAACACCUCGUCAUGAUUAUUAUCCUUUGACACCGGAGGGACAAAAGCAAAUUCCUUGGCUUCUUCGAAGGUUGAUAACACCUCGCACAUCUCCUGAGAGACAUGUGAUCCUGACCGUUGGAGCCCUUCAUCAAGCUGAUUCUAAUGCACUGAAAGAUGCAGCUUCCACUUGGCAUGAUGAGUUAGCACCUUUACUGAGACCUCUGCUUGUGGUUAAUGUUGGAGGGCCUACAGGUCAUUGUAGAUAUGGUACUGACCUAGCACUGGAGCUAACAGCCUUGCUGCUGAAUGUUAUUCCAACCUGUGGGAGCAUCAGAGUAUCUUUUUCUCGUAGAACUCCUUGUAAGGUCUCAGAUAUCAUACGGAAAGAACUUGGAAAUCAUCCUAAAGUUCACAUUUGGAACGGUGAAGGUCCAAAUCCGCAUAUGGGGCAUUUGGCUUUUGCAGAUGCUUUUGUUGUCACUGCUGACUCGGUUAGUAUGUUAAGUGAGGCUUGCAGUACAGGGAAACCUGUUUAUGUAAUUGGUGCGGAGCAAUGCACAUGGAAAUUCAGAGACUUCCAUCGAUCCUUGAAGAAUCGAGGUGUAGUUCGUCCAUUCACUGGAAAAGAAGAUAUAUCUGAAAGUUGGAGCUACAGUCCCCUGAAUGAUACUGAGGAGGCUGCUGCCCAAGUGAUUAAACCACUAGCUGAACGUGGAUGGAGAUUGCCAGCAUAAUUUGUUUUCAACUUCAGGAGCGUAAGCCUUGAUAGUGACAUAUUAACAAGUUUUGUUCCCUGAAAUACUGUUGCAGGAAAGAAAGGGGGAGGAAGUAUAUUGAUUUACUAUCCUCAGGAGAAGUAUGUAUUCUGCUCGUUUGGCUGUUUGGUUGUUUACUUACAGUUUAAAAGGAUUAAUGUAGCAGCUUAGGAGGAUACCUCUCAGCUUCUUAUACUUCCUGAGAAACAAGGGAUGAAUGGCGUGGGAUAGCCACUUUUUAAUGUAGUAUUUAGUUUUUAUCUAUUA